AUGCAAGCAUCUGUUUCAAACCUCAUUACUCAGUUUACUGAGGAUGUGUUCACAAAAGAAGACAGGAUCUGCCAGCAGUCUUGGUGCCAAGCUCUGAUAUGCAAGGGCAAGCCUUGCCUCUAUGUUGUUUCCUAUGAUCCUGCUCAGCCUGGUAAAUUCAUCUGUGAAGUGUGUCAUAGGUGGUACAAGAACAAACCUGCCACCAUAGCUUGGGCACAAAACACCAAUGCAUUACCUGAUCCACAGUACAUACAUCAGUCCAUAAGCACUGCACAGUCACGAGCUUCGGUCAACCCCCCUGCCAUCAUGGCCAUGUCAAAUGCUGCUCCAAACCUCGGCAACUUGGCAAUGCUGAUGCCUCCACUGCCAAUGCCAACUGCUCAUCACAACUCCAAGUUUUUCCCUGCUGGUCCAAGUGUCCAAGUGCCAUCCGCUUGGCAGGACAUCCCUCGGCCAGCAAACCCUCCAGCAAAUGCUGCAUCAGGCCACAUGAUCACGCUGCCACCUGGCUCCACUGGUUAUAGCGCACAUCAUGUGCAUUAUGCAGCUCAACAUGAAUGUUGGGCAUGCAUGGCUCACAAUCUGCCUCCCACAGAGACAAUCUCCUUAGAAAUAUGGGCAGUCUUCAGAGCUGGGGGCAAAAAGAAGAAUCUGCAAGCAAACAACAUCAGGAGUAUCUGUGAGGGGCUGAAAGAUGUUGAUGCACUGAGCACUGCACAUGAACUUUCGGCCAUAGCACUUGGCAUUUUGGUACUGCGCAUCAAAGAUUACUGCCCACAGUUUCCCUGGCGAGAGGAGGAAUUCUUCAUCCAUGACAGUAAAUGGGUUGACCUUUCCAGACAUUCAAGCCCAACAGCAUACUUUUAUGGUGACUGUCUCCAUGACAGCAAUCAGAAAGGAUCAAAAGCGAAGGUUUUUAAAUCAAAACAGUUCAUGUUAUUCAUCAUUGUACCUGUGAAUCAAUGGGAAGAAUUUGAAGAAUUUCGAGAGAAGCUCCACUCUAGCCCACCUGCCCACGAACAGCAGACAUCUCGGGCCAGCUUGAGCACUUCUCUCCCUGGUUCUACGGCCUCGAUGCUGGUUGUACCUUGGAGCACGAUGAUUUCUGAGCCAUCCACUCUUUCUUUCUCCAAGGGAGUGGUUUCUACGAUGUCAAGUAGCAUGUUUGAUCGCCCAAUCUCACACGAUGUGGCACAUCUUCAGGAUGGAGAAAAGUUUGUCCAGCGGUUCUACUCCCCUUCUGCCCCAGAAGAGAUCUGCGAAAACUUUCUUGUCCCCCAACCGCAAUCAAAUCAAGAAAGCAUUACAGUCUGGGGGGCCUCCAAAUUCAAUGUAAAGACAGAAAGUCAUACAAGUGGACUUUUACCUCAUCCCGACCCGUGA